AUGAAUGUUACCGUGAGACCGCGGUAUCGCGUAGUGACGGCCAUUACCGCGCCAUUCGUCAUGUACAACGGCAGCACCGAUAGCUUCUACGGCUACUGCAUCGAUCUGCUGAACGCGAUGAGUCGGAUCUGCGGCUUCGACUACGACCUCGCGGAGUCCAGCGAUAAGGAGUUCGGCCAUAUGACCGAGUCAGGCAAGUGGAACGGCAUGAUCGCGGACCUGUUGACAGACUCCGCCGACUUCGCCGCGGGAGCCUUGUGGAUCACGCACAUGCGGCGACAGGUAAUAGACUACACCAUACCUUUCUACAAAGACAACGGCUUCACGAUCAUGAUGCGAAGACGCAGGGAGUCCACCGUGUUUCUGUGGUUCCUCACGAUCCUCGACCCCCAGGUCUGGCUGAACUUCGCCGUCGCGUUUCUCGUCACGUCGAUCUUGAUGCGCCUGUUCGAGAGAUUCUCACCCUUCAGUUACAGCAACGCACCGGAGAGAUACACGGACGAGCCGGAUCGGCGAUUCGCGAGCUUACGAGGAUGCUUCUGGUUCUGCCUGACGUCGCUCACCCCCGAGGGUUGCGGCGCUAUGCCCAAGAGCCUCUCCGGUAAAAUGGCCGUCGCUGUCUGGUGGCUGUUCGUCUUCAUCAUCACGGCGGUCUACACCGCGAACUUGGCCGCGUAUCGAACCCUCUAUCGAUUGGAGCGCCAUAUCGAGACGAUCGAUGAUCUCAGGAGGCAGUAUCAGGUGGAUUACUCAACCAUUAUUAAUUCAUCGACCUACAGGUAUUUCGAGAGCCUGAAGGACAACGAGGAGCUUCUGAACGAUUUGUGGCGACGAAUGAGCCUGGACGAGAGCCUGUCGGGCUGGGAGAGGAGCAAGCUCACCGUAUGGGAGUAUCCGGUCGACGAUAAGUACACGAAGAUAUAUAACGCGAUGAGGAGGACGGGUUUUCUCAUCGACAAGCAGGAAGCCGUGAACAGCGUGCGGAGGAUCAAUCGCACUCGCGAGUUCGCUUACAUCGGCGAGGCGAUGCAAAUCAGAUAUCUCGAGCUGAACAAUUGCGAUCUCAGGCAAGUGGGCAAGCAAUUCGGCAUGAGGCCGUUCGCAUUCGCCGUGAAGAAGGGCUCCCCGUUGAAGAGCAAGCUCGACGACGCAAUCGCGCAGGUUGCGUUGCGGGGAAUAUCGUCGAGAUUGGAGAGGAAAUGGUGGGACGAGAAUCCGGCGAGAGCGCAGUGUCUGGCCGACGAUGGAAUUGACUCAGGAUUCACGCUGGCCGACAUGAGGGCGAUAUUUCUGCUCCUUCCCGUCGGGAUCUUUCUGGCGAGUGUUACAUUGUGUUUACAAUACUGGCUGGUGUACAGUUCAAGGAAAGCACGACGAAGAAAAACGACAAGCGCUUGUAAAAACGAGAGAACCGUGGAGAAUAACAGGCUACCAAGCAGUAUCGGAGCCGAGGAUUCUCGUGCUUACGGCCGAAGCGACGUUUCCGAUUUAGCUCUCGUUUCGCGAGACGCUCGUAAAUAUCCACCGAAUAUUCUCGCCGCGUUUUCGAGAGCUUGAUCGCGUUGCGCGCGAGAGAGAGCGAGCGUGAAAAUUAUUUCGUGUUUCUAAACUCGUAAACAAAGUGCUGGCGUGAUCGAUAUUUGACACCGAUUUCUGACUGAUCUUUUUUAUUAGAAGUUUCGAUUUUAAUAACUGAAAAUAGCAAUUUUUGCAACGAUCUGGCAGCUGAUAGCGGAAUCGCACGCGAUGUCGUAUAUCUCUGAGUCUUGGAGUCGAGCGGACGAAGUCGCGUAUUAUUUUACUGCGAGUUUUCAGAGUCGACUGUGCUUAAGUUGCGCUUUUUCAGAUUCUUAUGUUGCAAUUCUACACGGUAUCAUAAAAUUCGUAACUUGUAAAAUUCGUAAGAACUCACGAAUAGAUCUACAAUUCUAUACCGUGUAUCACGUGAUCACUUAUAAACAUCCACGAUUUCACGUAAUUUACACGAUGUUUACAAGUGAUCUACAGCAUAUGGCACGCACAGAAUUGUAGAGUUACGCUUACGAAUUUUACAAGUUAUGAGACUUACGAUUCUGUUUGGAAUUGCGGCAUUAAUCCUGUUCGCUCGUUAAGGCUCCUGGGGAGUCGCAUUAUUCAUCUUUUUAAUGACGUCAGAAGCGAGAAAACGCAUGCUAAACAUUCUUGCAAAAUACGUCGAGAUAAACAGAUAUAUUUACAAAACGACAUUUGCGAUCGAUUAA